AUGACGGUGCGCCCCGCUGCCGCUUCGGUGCUUGUAUUCAGCAGGCUUGUCAGCAUCCUUCAACACAGUCGUGCUCACCAUCCGUGUCUCGCCUAUUCCACAGAGCGCUCUGCACAGACCAUUGGCGAAUACAUCAUGUACAAGACCAUUGGCAAAGGCAAUUUUGCACGCGUCAAGCUGGCCAAGCACAAGCUGACCAAUGUUGAGGUGGCAAUCAAGGUCAUUGAUAAGACUAGGCUCAAGGAAUCUCACAUGCUCAAGGUCAUGAGAGAAGUGCGCAUCCUCAAGAUGCUGAAUCACCCAAACAUUGUCAAGCUCUACGAAGUCAUUGAUACUCCCAAAUACCUCUACCUCGUCAUGGAGUAUGCGUCCGGUGGCGAAGUCUUUGAUUACUUGGUGUCCCACGGUCGCAUGAAAGAGAAAGAGGCCCGCAUCAAAUUUCGCCAGAUUGUCUCGGCACUGCAAUACUGCCAUGCCCGGGGUAUCGUCCAUCGUGACCUCAAGGCCGAGAACCUGCUGUUGGACAAAGACCUGCAAAUUAAAAUCGCCGACUUUGGCUUUGCAAACAUGUAUGAGCCGGAUCAAAAGCUCAACACCUUCUGUGGUAGUCCGCCUUAUGCCGCCCCAGAACUCUUUCAGGGUCGCGAGUACACUGGCCCAGAGGUUGAUGUCUGGAGUUGUGGCGUCAUUCUUUUCACCCUCAUCAGCGGAGCUUUACCCUUUGACGGAUCAACCCUCAAGGAACUGCGUGAUCGCGUGUUGAAGGGCAAAUAUAGGAUCCCUUUUUACAUGUCCACUGAGUGCGAACGGCUUUUAAGAAGAUUUCUCGUCUUGACACCGUCCAAGCGCUGCAACCUGACACAAGUCAUGACCGAUCCUUGGAUCAACACGGGCUUUGAAGAUAGCCCUCUGACACCCUACGAGCAUCCCACCCCAGAUCUCCGCGAUCCCGAGCGCUUUGCUCUGCUGGAGAAGCUCGGCUUUAAUAAGGAAGAAGUUAUCAGCUCCCUUGAGCGUGAUCUGUACGACCAGCACACGGCCGCCUAUUUGCUGCUGCCUUUUGCCAGCCCAGACACUUUUAAGCAACACACCAAGCCUGCUCAGACAGCUCGGCCAGCAACGGCAGCAGGCGACCAGACCAAGUCGCCUCGCGCAUCAGCACCCAACGCCCUGGCUGGAUCUUCGGCCUCAGACCAAGUGGCUCCGACACGAGCCAUGCCCACCGCUGGGGGUUCACGAGUGGACCGCCUCAAGCAAUUCCAGCGCGCUGGUUCCGGUGGCGCUCCCCCUGGCCGAGGCAAAGCCUUGCCCGCCAUCCCCAAUGCCCCGCGCCGUCACACUGCCUCCUCGGCUACUGCUGUUCGUCCAACGAUCAAGUCAAAGACGGUGGCUGUUCCCGUGGAGCAACUUGCCGCAACGCACUUGAGUGCAUCUACGGCAGGCGGACCGUCAACUCAUUCUACAUCACCAAACAAAUCUUCGGCACUUUCCCAGAGCUUGCGCGGUACCCGUCGUCGCCGCACCAUCACAGAGGGUGGCGAGGCGCCCUCUGAGGACGGCGAGUCGGGUGUCCUCAACCGCAUGCGCCGAGGCUUGCGACAGUCGUUCCGCCGUGCAUCCUCAACGGGGGCGCCAAAGCCCCGUGCGCUGCGUUUUACGUUUAGUAUGACCAAUACCAGCACGAAGGAACCCGAGUACAUUCUGCAGGAGCUAAAACGGGUUCUCGCCCUGAACGAUGUCAUCUUUGAAAAUUCGGAUGACUUUUGCCUGCUGUGCGAGCAUGGCGAUAUUGUGUUUGAGAUGGAGGUUUGCAAGCUACCACGCUUGCUCAUGAAUGGCAUUCGUCACAAGCGUAUCUCAGGCUCAUCUUUGGAUUAUAAGAACAUUUGCACCAAGGUGCUCAAUGAGACACAAUUAUAGGGAAUGGAGAUUUUUGUGCCCCCUCGCGGUGGCUCUUUUUUUUUAGGACGUCAUGUUGUGUUUUGAAAGUUUGAACCGUUGUAUUGACUAUCUUCCAUGUGCGGCACUUGCUGUUUUUCGGCGGGUGUACUUUUGCUUUCCCAUGGCCAAACCCCC